AUGAAUAUAAUUGCAUUUGUAUUGUGUUUAACUACAUUUAUUAUUUGUUCAUUAACAUGUUUAUUUUCAUGUAUUAUGUUAAUUUGUAUCAUUCAUCAUCUUUGUCAUAACCGUUUACAACAAGAAGAUCGAAUAAUAUUUAUUCAUUGUAUUAAUAUUUAUUCAUUAGUUUUGGCGUAUAUUGGAAUAAUAGCAUCAUUUAAUAUUCAAACAGUUUUAGGAAAUUUAUAUGAAUAUAAUUUUAAUUCAUCAUGGUGUGUAGUUUUAGGAUAUCUACCACCUAUUCUAAUCGGUUGCAUAUAUUGGGCUUUUGUAAAUCAGGCGUUCUUUCGUCUUUGUCGAGUUGUAUAUCCAAGUAUACGAUGGCUUCAAUCAUAUCGAUUAUUUAUUAUUUUACCAUUGAUAGAACUAAUUCUAACUUGUAUUUUAAUGAGUUUGAUUCUAUUUUUACAUUCUGUUGUUUAUCUUCCGACAGAUUAUUAUUGUUUUGUACCAAUUACUAAUAUAUAUAGUAUGCUUUGGCUUGCAUUUAAUGGUUAUGGAAAUCAGAUUGGAAUAUUAUCAUUUAUUUAUAUACGCAUAACAAUUUUUCUCCGUCGUCAAGCAAAUACUCAAACACUUAUUGUUAAACAACGACAAGAUCGUGAUUUACUCGUCAUUCGACGUAUUCUUAUAACUGUUAGUUUUCUAAUAAGUCUUGGAAUGCCUGCUAUGGGUUUUCUAGUGGUGUCGUUGAUUACAAACAAAGAUUAUCCUCUUACUUUUCCUGUUCUAUUUUUCUUUGUUGGUAUAUCAAUGGCAGGCGUAUGCAUAUUAACAAUUAUUUUUACACCACAACUAAAAAAGAUUGUAAUGAAAAUAAUUCAACAUAAUCGUGUUACACCUCUGAAUAGUAGUUUGAUAGGUUCGAUUCAAACGAGACAAUGA